AUGGCGGGGCUGAAAACCCUGGGCCCCUGCGGCCACCCCCACCCCCACCCACCGUGUCCCCCAGCUGCAGCCUCCAGCAGCCAUGGAGAAUGCCUGGACUAGCACUGCCAGGGAUUUGUAGGGUGGCCCUGCCUGGUCCCCAUCUCCUCUGCUCACUCAGUUCAGUCCCAGAGACCUUACCCAGUUCCAGGGGCAGGAGACAGGGGCAGGGGGCCCAGGGUACAGAGCAAGGCUCCUGCGAUCUUUCUGUCCAGCAAGGAGCAGACAGCAAGAAACCCUGAGGGACUGAGACAAGGAAACCUGGAGACAAGGCUCAGGUGGGGCUGGCCCCUGCACCCAGGGUCAAAUCAGAGGGCUUCCAGGCAGGAGGGAUCCACUGGCUCAGGGCCCAGACCCUGUGCAUGCCCAUCCCUGUCGCUGGAGGGAGGGGCCCUGGCCUCGCCCAGGGCAGCCCUGUCCCAGCUGCAGUGCGGGCCGCUGGGUUCUGCAGAACAGUCCUUCCUGCAGCUGGAGCAGGAGAAUCACAGUCUGAAAAGGCAGAACCAGGACCUUUGGGAGCAGCUAGGGGCCCUCCUGGGGCCGGGGCAGCAGUUCCUGCCCCUGUGUCCCGAACACUCAAGCUGCACUCCCCUGGCCUGGUACAGAGCCCAAGGACCCCAUGCAGCCAAUGCCCCACUAGCCCACAGCCUUGGGACUGAUCUGGGGGCUCUCCCACAGCCCCCCGACCCAGCUAGCAUGCAGCCCUUGGGGAACAGGGUACCUCUGCAGCUGCUGUGGCAGGAGCUGUGCCAGGGGCAAGAGACCUUCGUGCAGCAGUCCCAGAACGAGCUGCAGCAGAUCCGCCUGUGCUUUGAGAAGAUGGUCAUCACAGAAAAAGGAAGGCCAAAGCUGGAAAGCUCCAAGGGCCUAGCAGGCCAGCUCUGGCUGUCGACCCUGAGGCUGCUGCUGGGUGCCCUGCUGGGCGCCUACGUGUACAUGGUGAACCCUAGGCCCUUCGAGGGGUUGGUGCCACCCCUGCUGAGCCACGCCAUCAUCUGGAAGCUCCGGGCCCUGCUGGACCCCUUCCUGCACCUUGAGGUGGAUGGCCUCCUGUCCUAG